AUGAAUGCAUCAGUAAAUCAAUACUUUCAGGAAAUCUUCACCCAAAAUUUUAUUAUUGUUUUUCUUGGACUUGUAAUCAUUUGUAUUAAUUCAAUAUUUGUUUUGACGUUUUUUAAAAGUCCAAUUUUCAUAAACAAUCCAAGGUACAUUUUAUACAUCCACUUGGUUAUUAAUGACAUGAUUAUGGUUUGGAUUACAGUCACUCUCUUUGUAAUGGCAUAUGCAUGGCAAAAUGUUAUUUUUUCAUUUUGUUGUCCAUUAUUAAUCAUAGCCUCAACUACUCAGAAGAACACUCCACUAAAUUUGGCUGCUAUGGCACUUGAGCGGUACAUUGCCAUCUGUAAACCUCUGCAUCAUCCUCAGAUUUGUACAGUGCGCAGAACCUAUUUUCUUAUUUUUUUUAUAUGGAUAGCUGGAAUUAUCCCUCCACUGAUAGACUUGGUUAUUUCUGCCAUACUGUUUCCUUUAUUUAUUUAUCUUCAAACUGUAAAUGCCUGCGCUGCAGUAAAGUUAUAUAACACAGAUUACCAUUAUAAGAAGAACAUGGCGCUUAAUGUCAUUUACACAUCUUUUGUGUGGAUAGUUCUUGUCUAUACCUAUUGUAGGGUGCUGUUUACAGCCAAAAAGAUGUCCUCUGACAAGGUUUCGGCAAAAAAAGCUCAGAGCACAAUCUUGUUGCAUGGGGUGCAGCAAUUGCUUUGUAUGCUGUCUUAUACCACUCCCGUGAUUGACUUAUUUUUUGCUCGUAUUUUGCCUGAUCAACUGAUAAAAAUAAGCUUUUAUGCUUAUCUGUUAACAAACAUCGUACCACGGCUGCUCAGCCCACUCAUUUAUGGUGUGCGAGAUCAGGCUUUUGCCAAACACUUGCGCAAAAAUGUAUCAUGCACACUAUGUGUUGUAAAAAUUGAAUCAGCUGAAAAGUAA